GUCGUUGUUUGUGCUCUUUCUAAAAACCAACAUGCCAGGCCAGUGGAAAUGUUUUCCCAUGCUACACGGGCUGUGUGUUGUCCGAACGUUGUCCGAGCUGUGUUGAUUUUUCUUUCCCGUGUGUGUGUGUGUGUGUGUGCGUGUGUGUGUGUGUGUGUGUGUGUGUGUGUGUGAAAACAACAGACGCUUCCCUGGCGUGAAAAUGGCUUUUUAAACUCCCAUGCUAAUGCAUCCAUGGGAAGAGGGCUACUGGACAUACUAGUUGAAGAUAGAAGCCCUUUCGCUUCCCUUCACCCGGGUUGGUCCGAAAAUAUUGGUGAACCUCCUCGGGCUUAGAGAUCCCGGAAUCGCCACAGAAUCUCGGACCGUGGAGUUGUUUCUCAAGCGCCUCGGAAGAAGCGCCCCGAACGAACGAUCUAGCUGACCCAAAUCGUAAAAGGUGAGAACUGGAUCAACUGUCCAACUGUCGUGAACUGAAGCCCUUUUUGCGCCCUCACCCCACCCGACUGAAACCGAAAACCUUUCGCUGCCCGCCUGAUCGAUCCCGAGGUUCUGGCGGCAAAAACGGAGAGACCUGUGGCUGGGGGGCGACGCCGGAAAAGAGGCCAAACGGGCCAGCACAUUUGCCCAUUUGUGGUUUGCUAGUUGGUUCGCUGCUUCUUCUUUGGUGUGUCUGUGUGUUCGUGUUUGGCUUUACCGGUCAUUGCGCGCAUCCCGUGCCGGGCAUUUCUUUGUACCUCGUUCUCAGAACGAUGGGCAGUACGGGGUACACGUGCAUAAGGCGGACCUUUUGUUCCUUCAACAUUCUCAUAUGGCUCUGUGGUAGCGGAUUCCUGGCGAUAGGCGUUUGGCUCCACUUUGCCUUCCCCGGGUAUGCCACGCUGCUGCCGGACCAUGCCGUGCUGAGUGCGGACUGUAUGUUCAUAACGGUCGGUGUGAUCAGCUUCGUGAUCGCGUUCUUCGGUUGCUGCGGUUCCUGGUUCCAGUCACGAUGCUUCCUGGUGAUUUACUUUACGCUGGUGGUGCUACUGUUCCUCAGUGAGUUCCUGCUGGGUUCGCUGGCGUUUGUGUUCCGCGGAGGCAUUGGCCGCAUGCUAACCCAGGAGCUGAAGUAUGGCAUCGAGAAGCACUACAAUGUGUCGGAUCGGGGCGGAUUCCUCACACCGUCGGUUGCAUCGAUUUGGGACAAUCUUCAGGUGGAUCUACAAUGCUGUGGUGUUUCGUCGUACGAAGAUUGGUACGACAUCAGUGCGUGGCCGGGCGAGCGAUGGGUACCGCAGUCCUGCUGCCGUUCCCAGUACAACUCCCUGUUUUCGGAGGGUUCCGGCGAUGAGCUAGCGAACGUUGACUGUCGGAAAGCUGGCAAUCCGGCCCUGCUGUGGGAUAAGAGCUGUGGUCAGAUUCUUCAGAUGUGGUUCGUACAGCGGCUUCAUAUAGUGGGAACGGUUGUACUGGUGAUAGGCUUCCUUCAGCUAUUUGGACUCAUAUCAUCCAUGCUGCUGUUCUGCACCGUCAAACACAAACGUUCCUCCAAAACGUACAAAUCCUACUCACCCACCGUUGAUACGACGCUCAACCGCAAUGGCACCAGCGCGACCUACAUGGACGACUGACUGUAUGGCUGAGGGUGGGUUUCGGUGUACCACGUGUCGAACCUAGCUUCAGUAGCUUUUUUUUUUUAUUUAAACAAAAUCGCAUCACACUCGACUAUAAAAACAACAAUACUCACGCUGGUGGUCCCUGGCGGGAGAGAGAGAGAGACAGAGCGAGAGAGGGACAUUGACAACAUGUGGUUGUGAAUGUGUACGUGCGUGCACGUGGAAGAUGAAGGAUGCACGUGUGAUCCUUGACGCAUAUACACGCUGGAGUUGCUCUGUGUGUGUGUGUAUAUGUGAAAUGAUUGUGCCAAAAACAAAGAAAAUACAGACGACGACGAAAGUAAACUCACUAAACAAACAUUCACGAAAAUGGACGAACAAAAAAUGCUGAAGUAGAAGAGAUAGGCGACCAAAAUGGAAACCAAUUAUAGUUAGUAGAGGACAGUAGAGAAGGAAAAGAAACAAAUCGUAGAGAACGGAUGGUUUAGGAUGGUGACUUGUAGUACGUAGAACGUAGAAAUACUGCACAGUUUUAUUUAUACACUCCGAGUUUAGUUUUAAGCGGCUCUAUCCUUGGCCACCGUCAUUCCGCGCUACUGCCGACUACCAAAACUACCAAAACUACCUUUCACAAGAACAAAACAAACGAAGGGGGAAAAGGAAAGCAAGUAAAGGGUCAAGGAGGGAUACACAUUCUCGUAUAACGACUGCCGUCAUGGGGCAUUGAAUUGAUAGAAGGAAAGAACCACAUUCCAAAAAAACCGACUACUACUCUCCCCAUCCACAGCAUGAUGGUAGAAGUUUAAGUAUUUACAGAAACGAAUAAAUUAAUUAAAAACGUGAAACCAUA